UAAAACUGUGUAGGUAAGUGGUAGACGAAUGGUCACCUCUGUAGUUGUGUCCCGCUAGUUUUUAGCCAGUAAGAUCAACACGUCAGUUCCUGUUAGUGAUGACUAUGGCAACCUCCUUAGUAACUAGGGAACAGUAGCAGCAAAUGGUUUCUUGCAUCAAAAAGGGAAAAGGGCAAGACUUCUGCAUCUGGACUGCGUCCAAAGUAACAAGAUUUAGCGUUAUCAAUAGCUGUUUUGCAGGUAGCUGCUCCUGCAGGAAUGGCUCGUUCAAAGGGAUUUCUGCCUACAAAUCACAAGUAUUGCAGUGCGAUGACAGCUCUGGACAAAUUCUCAUGCUACGGUGUCAUAUCUACUGUCAACCCCUGCUGCAGGAACUCUUUGGCAGUGCAUCCUCCCUGGAUCACCAUGCCCCUCACCCCCUGGAGGUGCCAAUGGAUUAGCUGCUGCCCCCUUUCCCCUGAUGCAGUGUGGAAGAAGCUGAGUGUAUCAGAGAGAUUGGCUGGCUUAGCUAGGAACGCCCCUGUUCUGGUGCGAGGGGAACACGAUGGAUUUUAUUACCGUGGUACAGUAAAAGAGGAGCUAGAGAGUGAAAGAGGAAUGUUCUUGAUAGAGUUCGCCAAACCACUUGUGGCACACGGAAAGUGUCCAGUAUGUGUGCAGAAAACAAUCAAGGAUGAUAUUUUGGAGUACGUGAAUGGUAUGAAGCACUCCUUACUCCCUGGAGAUAAAGUGCUGGCACCCUGGGAACCAGAUAUGGUGAGGUAUGGCCCAGGAACCGUCCUCACGGGCAUUGAGACACGGGAUCCCUCACGAGCCUCAGAAGAUGAAGAAAUUAUGGUCCACUUCUGGAAUGGCAAGAAAGUGAAGGUUCCACUAGGUGCGGCUCUUUGGAUCCCUCCUAGCCUGUGGGAGAGGAUUGUAGAGAUGAUCCACAUGCCCUUCACCAGCAGAUUAAAGCCCAGAGAAAAUCCUGACACUGAUUCUUGUAUUUUUUCCUACAGUCACGUAACAGUCCCAAUUCCUUUUUGUGCUGUAGAUAGCCUGGCUAAGCAUGGCUUGCUUUGCUGGCCACGUUUCCACUGUCACUGUGAUGGUAUAUGCUGCUCAUCAAUACAUGCAAGAAGCAUCUGCUGCUGCCAUCUCCAUACUGAUGCCUGGUGGCCUCUUCCAGCCCGGUCUCCGGUCCUUCAGAGAGAAAUGGAAGAGGCAGAGCCCAGCAGCAAACCCUCUUCAUGCCUUCUAGACUUGAAAGGUCUAAAACAAGAAGGAGCAGCAGCAGCUGCUGCAUCUUCCCCCUCUUCUGAUUCAGAGCGUGAUCUGGAGGCAUUUGCCACUAAAAGCACUAUGACGGACAGUGCUGUUAACACAGACUCCAGUCUUCUUGGGAAGCCCAAGGUAAAGGAGUCUGCAAGACCAAAGUGGAAAUACUGGAAAAGGAGCCACCACAAGUCGCACCCCAGUAAUUCAGGAAUCAGCCCUCACAGCAGCUCAUAUACAAAGGGCCAGCUGGAAUCCAAAGCCACCAGUGUUGUGGACCGGUCCUGUGUUACCCCAGCUAAUCAGAGUGCUAUGUUUGAAAUCAUUGAGCAGCCUCCCAGAGGGCAACUCACAGUGAAAGAAAUCUUAACCUACCAGGAUUUCAAGCCAUCAUCAACAGUAGGGUAAUCUGUAUUAAUACUGUAUUUACUUACGCAUUUCAUUUGUUUGAAUGGAAGAAAUAUUCUUGUUAAUGGUCUGGGGCUUAGCCGGAAAAAUACAUUGCCCCAAGUCUAUUGUCUGCUAAAGCCAUCCACCAAACCUGUGAUGGGGAGGGAACUCCUCUACUACUACUAGAAAACAAAAACAAAUAAACAAACAAAAAAGCCCACCUGUAGGAGCAUCCAACAAACACUGUACCUUCAGAAACCAGCCAAACGAUCAUUGACAUCAACCCUGUUAAGCCCUGCGGGAAGUGGGGACUCCUGCCUAAGUGGCCCUAAAAACGGACAGCUCUGACCUUCAGCAGCAAUAAAACACAACAGAAGAAAACUAUUGUGCCAUAACGCCUAGAUUGAGUCUGGAAGGGUGCUGGGCUCUGUUAGUCAAGCUCUGAUGGUCAUGGCCUCUCUUUCUGAAAGAUAAAAAUACCUAGCAAACAGUUCUUACCGAGUAUCUUCUCUUCCUCCCUGACCAGAGGCAGGCAAACAGGAGACUGCUACUUUAAAGGUAGGAGAUACAGAAUAAACAAACUGUAUCAGAGCUAACAACAAGGACCAACACCCUGUUUUUUAGGCUUUAUUCCUUUCAGCCAAAGGCCCCUCCUGUUCUAGAAAAACUUGAAAAAAAAAUCUAUUAGAGACUGCAUGCCAAACAAAAGCAUGCACUGAACAAAGGAAGAAAAAGCUAGCAGGAAGAAGGGGAACAUGAAGAGAAUGGCAAGCUGAACAGAAACACUGCUCUGCACAAGAGCACCACAGGUACAACAAAUUAUAUAUUAUAAAUCAUGUAUUAGCUCCUCUGUACCUUCAUUUUCUUGCUACUGCGAGCUGACUAGAGAGUAAAACUUUGAAUUUGCUAAUCUUGCAUGAUUUUUCUUCAGGAAACGAUUAAUCUGCUAAUGGCAUGACUUAGUGAACAGAGAAUAUACUGGAAUAUCUGCUCUACUCUCACAAUUAUACAUGUUAAU